AUGCUCGGGAGUUUCUCUGCUAUGCCGAGUCUGUCAGACUUAGGGAAUGCAACUUACAAUAACAAGGCACGGCCAAUACGGUCAACAUCUGCGGCUGCUGCUCAGUCCGAGAAUACCCAACCACCGGAAUCAUCUAGCGUCCUUGCUCGAACUGCCGUAUCGCUUGAAUACGCCUCUCUCAGGCACGCGGGCCACUGUCCUCUAGGCAUCUACGUCGUACCCUCCUCGAGCAAUCUGCUCGUCUGGGAUGCAGUGUUCUUUGUUCAUCAGGGAUACUACGCAGAUUCCAUCUUGAAAUUCCGGUUGACAUUCCCUGUCAAUUAUCCAGAAAGCCCACCAGUUGUAUCAUUUGUAACUGACGUGUUCCAUCCGUUAAUCUCGACCUCCGGUUCUUUCAAUCUGAGCCCACGGUUCAGGCCAUGGAGACCGAAGGAGCAUCAUGCCUUUGAUGUUCUCCAUUGGAUUAAAGUCGCGUUCAAGAAACACGCUCUUGAUAAAUUCCAGGAGUCUGAUUGUUACAAUAAAGAAGCUUUCCGACUGUACCGGGAGUCAACUCAAUCCUUUGCAGCACUUGCAACACAGUCUGCUUCUUUAUCACAGUCUGAAUCUGCGCUGUUUGAUCAAGAUCAUCCUUCGCCCAUGGGCAAUGUUGGCUCAGAGAUCGUGUUUAAGAAAAUGACUCCCGACCAGCUCGCCCAACAGAGAUCAAAGUUCGGUUUACAGCAAUGGGACGCGCAAAAAUGA